AUGGCCCUUUUUGACUCUGCAUCUCGCGUCUUCAUCGCGGCGACGGUUUUGCGCCUCGUCUUGCUUGUCUAUGGUGGCUGGCAAGAUGCUCAUUCUGCCGUGAAGUACACCGAUAUCGAUUACAUGGUAUUCACCGAUGCUGCCCGCUUUGUAUCAAAUGGAGACACCCCUUAUGCCCGAGAUACAUAUCGGUAUACGCCUCUAUUGGCUUGGAUGCUUCUUCCCACAGCCUGGGAAGCACCCGGGCCGUGGUCAUCGGUGACCUUUGCCUUUGGGAAAAUCCUCUUCGCGCUGGCUGAUGUUCUGGCUGGAUGGCUGGUCGUGCAGCUUUUGACUCGAUGCUAUCGAUUGUCACAGGAGCGCGCCCUGCGCUAUGUAGCCGCUGCUUGGUUAUGGAACCCCAUGGUCGCGAAUAUCAGUACCCGUGGCAGUUCGGAAGGCUUGCUCGGUGUUCUUGUUGCGGCGCUGCUGUGGGCUACCUUAACAAGAAAGGCCGUUCUGGCAGGUUCGAUCCUUGGUCUGGCUGUCCAUUUCAAGAUUUACCCAUUCAUCUACGGUAUCUCGAUUCUUUGGUGGUGGGAUGCGGAAAUUGAUGGCGCUAUCCCUGCUCGCGAUAUUAGCUGGUUAUCUCAGGUCCUGAGAUUCAUCACUCCUUCAAGAGUGAAGUUGACCUUGACAGCACUUAUCACUUUUACUGUGUUGAAUCUCGUUAUGUAUCUUCAGUACGGCAUGCCCUUCCUCCACCACACCUUCUUCCACCAUCUCACCCGUAUCGAUCACCGGCACAAUUUCUCUCCCUACUCUACUCUGCUGUAUCUUUCUGCGGCUGGGAAUGCCGAAUCUCAUUUCGAGGCACUAGCAUUUCUUCCGCAGCUGCUGCUUGUGGUCGUCGCCAUUCCAUUAGUGCUGGCGAAAAAGAGCCUUGCAACCGCCAUGCUGGCUCAGACCUUUGCUUUUGUCACGUUUAACAAAGUUUGCACCAGUCAGUACUUCUUGUGGUAUCUCAUACUCUUACCAUUUUACCUCCCCUCGUCCGCCUUCAUCCGCAAGCCUGCUUUGGGCAUGUCUGCGGCCCUUUUGUGGGUUAUCGCACAGGCUCUCUGGCUUCAACAAGGGUAUAAUCUGGAAUUCCUUGGUCUUUCCGCCUUUGCUCCCGGUCUCUUCCUCGCUUCCCUAUUUUUCUUCGCUGUCAAUGUGUGGAUCCUAGGAAUUAUUGUCCGCGAUGGAGGUGAGAGUUUGGAGCUAGAUUCUCAAUACAAGAAGGAGUAG